GAGUUUAAAAAAGGCGAAAGGAAAUGCUACCGCGCAGGCUUCCGUAGGCACCAAAAGCGAAGGGACCUGCUCGCCGCCCGAGAGCAUCUCUCCCUGCUUUCGUUAGCCAUCAUCUGCACCAAAACACACCGGGAUGACGGGAAACCGGGAGCGAAGGAAGCCGCCUCUAGCCGGUUUGCGGUAGAAUAUUAGCAUUCCGGGUUGCGUGAUGCUUCAACAUCACGAGGCUGCUUCCCUGAUGUGGAGGAGACAUAAUAGCUUGUCAUAGUUUUCCUGAACAGAGUCGAGCUGGGCUCAGCUUCUGCUUGCGUUUUUCACAUUCGUUUGUCUUUCUAGCGCGUUUGGGGAGUUUUGGGGUAUUUUACAUGAUUUUAUUUUUUUUCCCGUGGAGAGAAUCCAGCAGCAGCACAGAGAAGAUGCGCGGAUAAGGAACACAACAAGAUUGAGGACGUCUUGGUGCCAUGACAAAAGGGCUUGGAAUGGAAACGUUGGCUCGACGUCACACAGAAACUUUUCGAUCAUCAAUUUAAAAAAAAAAUCUUCAUUCAUAAUGUUUGGAUCGUCUUAAAAAUGGAAUACCUCAGAACUCCAACCACAACCUGACACAUAUGAGCGCAUCUGGAGGUUUUCUCACAGCUUAUGUCAUCUAUAAAACUGUUAAUUUAUCCUCAUCACAUCCACAUUUGUGGAUCAAGAUUUGCUUUGUUAAAAGCUUAUUGAAGCAUUUCUUUACUUUGUCAUGCAGAAAAUCUGCAUACACCCCAAAAACAAGCUAGCCUCGCAAAUUUUAGGAACAGCAGGCAUAGCUGAUGGUGUCUGUUCAGCUGUGACCCCAUGACCUUUGCUGAUAACUGAGUAUCAGCAAACCAUGUCUUCACCAAAGAUCUAACAGUAGCCAAUAUCCUCCACACCGCCGUUAGGAUGAGCGUGUUCCCGUAGCCUGGCUGUGACAGUGUGGCUGGCCGUCACAGGACGGUCACCUCCCUCUGCCAUGACCCGGCUGAUGUUGGGCCGGACUCUGGAGCGAAUCUGCAAAGGCGUCCUGCUGCUCUGCCUGCUCCACUUCCUCAUCAUGAUGAUCCUGUACUUUGAUGUCUACUCGCAGCGCUUCGACCUCUUCAGCCGCUUCAACAAUGGACGCAAUGGAUCCAGGAAUAACAUCAGCGGAACCGGACAUCAUUAUUUUUACUACAACCUGUCGAGGCCUAAUACGACGUUGGCCAGCUACCUGGCCACAGGUGAACAGCUGAUACAGAGCAUGCAGCCUGAAAGCAACCAGACACCGUCUCCCAAACCACUGCCGCCAUGUCCAGAGAACCCACCGGGCCUCGUGGGGCGUUUGCUGAUCGAGUUCAGUUCCCAGAUGACGAUGGAACGAGUGCAGAAAGAAAACCCGAAUGUCACAGAGGGAGGUCGAUAUACUCCCCCCGACUGUCGGCCAAGAUGGAAGGUGGCCAUCAUCAUCCCGUUUCGUCACAGAGAAAACCACCUGAAGUACUGGCUUCACUACCUCCAUCCCAUCCUCAGACGGCAGAGGAUCGACUACGGCAUCUACAUCAUCAACCAGUUGGGUGAGGAUACCUUCAAUCGUGCCAAGCUGUUGAACGUUGGCUACACGGAGACUCUCAAAGACGCCGAGUACGACUGCUUCAUCUUCAGCGACGUGGAUCUGAUCCCGAUGGACGAUCGGAACCUCUACCAUUGUUACGAUCAGCCAAGGCACUUUGCCAUUGCGAUGGACAAGUUUGGCUUCAGGUUGCCCUAUGCAGGAUACUUUGGAGGAGUUUCAGGCCUCAGUAAAAAGCAGUUUCUGAAAAUCAACGGUUUUCCAAACGAGUACUGGGGCUGGGGAGGGGAGGACGAUGACAUUUACAACAGGAUCACUCUCAAUGGGAUGAAGGUGUCCAGGCCAGACGUUCGCAUCGGCCGCUACAGAAUGAUUAAGCAUGAGAGAGACAAACACAACGAGCCCAACCCUCAGAGAUUCAACAAAAUACAGAACACAAAGAACACGAUGAAGAAGGACGGGAUCAGCUCCCUGACCUACAAACUGGUGGAAGUGAAGAAGUAUUCUCUGUACACAAACAUCUCUGUGGAGAUCGGCAAGCCGCCACCUCGGCCCAUCAAAGGCUAGAGAGAGGAGGGGAGGAUGAGGAGGGUAAUGCACCUUGACUGAUGGGAGAAAGAGGAGGAGGAUGUGAGGAAGGGGGAAAAAAGACAGAAGCAUCUGAAAGGAUGUGAGAUGGAAGAUAAGAGGACUCACAAACUCAUGACGGUGUCUCUCUUUCCUCCUUGUUUGGUCUUUUGAGAUUCCAGCUUGAUAUUUUUCUCUUUUAGAGCUCGAACUUCUUCUUGUUUCCACUUGCAGCCAGUGGCAGCUUCCGCACUGACUGCACAGCUCCAGUCUGUGACAGUGAAUAACUUUGUGGACCAGAAUUUGGAAUAUCAGUAGCUAGCAGAAAGUUUUUAUCAAACCUGGAGUUGUUCCUUUACCAGUUCUUUGGAGAAUGGAGGCUCUCCCACAACAUGUCAAUGGGAACUGAUACUGAGAGGUAAAGAAAGACACUUUUGCUACUUUUUCAGAGCACACAGAACGAUUACUUUUCAUUUCAGACUGACUGCAUCAAGUUUACAAGGAUGACGCAGCAGAAGACUGGGAAACUGGUUUAGCUUCACAAAGGUUAAAGCGUGGUGUUCCUGUGGAGGGGAAAUAAAUGACUCAGAACCGCAUCAGGCAGGUUGUUUUUUUUUAUCAGACAAGUCACAUGUUGGCAUUUCCCGGCUGGGGAGUCACCGGAUCUUAUUACACAAACUCUCUGCCGUAAGUCAAUGAAUGUGUAUUGUGCCUGCAUCCACCGCAGAAGACUUGUGAACACAGAUGAAAACGUCAGCAGCACUCGGCGUCGGAGCAAACUUUUUACAUAUUCAAUCUCAAGUUUUUGGAAAAAAGUAGUGGACUUCUGGAACCUUUUGUAACCAACCUCGAAUAUAUGAUUAUUUCCUUUGUACGCAGGCAGGCGGAAUCAUCUUGAAGGAGUCGUUUAGGAUUUAUUGGCCCAUUUAUGAUUGAGUCUGUCAAAAGCAGUCAAACAUUGGCAUUUUAGGCCAUUCGAUCGCCAUAAAUAAGACUGGAAGAUCAAAACUGGGCUGUCGGGAUGUGAUUUGUAUUUUAGAAAAUACACAUUGUGGUUAUGAAACAUGUAAAACUUUUAUACAGGUAAGAGAAAGCAAAAAGGCGUGAACUAUUUUCCUUUUUUACAGUGUAACCACGUGCUUUUUCAUAAUCUCACAGUCCAUUUAAAAGAUUGAAACUAGUAUAAUAAGCCACUUUAGUCUCCAUCUUUUUUUAUUCAAUCAUUCUGAAAAAUAUAAUCAUAUCAAGGAGUAGAUUACAAAGUGUGUCUCUUCUGCAAGUGAAUUAUAAGCCUGGAGUGUAAAAUUACCAGUUGAGCGUUCUGACUGGCAUUUAUUGCUUCUUCUAAUCUAAUCAUUAUCAGCUGUUGCCACAUCUGAUUAUGUGCACUUUUGUUACUUUUGUCUCAUAACUUGUUGAAAAAUACUAAUUAUUUCUGACGUUCUACCACCAACACGCUGAAGCCUUCGACAUCUUUGUCUAUUUCUUUUGCCUUUCCUGUUCUGUUGUUAACACCGAUGCCCUAAACUGAUGCCUUUUGCUGACUUGAAGGUCAUUCCUGAAGGAAAUGUGAAGAUAUUCCUUGAAUUCUUUGUUUUAAAGGUGCAUUAUGUAAGAAUGAAGUGACAAUGACAUCCUGUGGUACAAUUUGUUUACUGCAGCCCAUUUUCAAAACAAACGAAUAACUUUAUUACUGCCGUUUCGUGAAUUUCACGGCUGUUGCCAGGUAACAGCCCAGAAGAUGACGAGUUAAGAUGAGUCAUACACAGAUAAAAACAUUUCACUGUAAUAUUGAGUUGUUGGUAAUUGACAAAAUUGCUUGAACUACUUUAGCAUUAGCUAGCACAGACUUUGCAACCCUGCAGGCUCACAGACUAUAAACAAUGAUCACAUCCCUCUUUAGCUUUUUUUAAAGGGGAAAAACUGACAACCCCCUGGCAGCUGUUCCAAAAUUAACUUUGUCCAGCAUGAUUGAGAUAUUAGACCAGUGGUUCUCAAUCCUGUUCCUGGUGUCCAGCAUGUUUUAGUUUUAACCCCGCUUCAAUACACCUGAUUUCAGUCAGCAGGUGAUUAACAGGCUUCUACAAGCCUAAGAGCUGCUGCACAGGUGAGUCAUCCACUGAAUCGAGUGUGUUGGAGUGGAGGAACAACAAAAGCAUGCUGGCCCUCAAAGAAAAGGAUUGAGAACCACUACAUUAGACUGUUUUGCGAUUAUUUUACAGUAGAAUUCUUACACAUUGCUCCUUUAAGCUAAAUUUGAUAGUUUUUUUCCCAUGCCUGAUGGCUCCUUCUUCACACACAGUCAGAAGCAUAUUCACACUGUUCACCCUUUUUUAAAAUAUAUUAUCUCCCCUUUCACAGUUUUUUCUUUUCUAACAAUGUCAGUCCAGGCGGCUAUGUGUCGAUGCUUUGUGGUGGACCCACUCCAGGCACAAGAGAGCUUCGCCUUUCAGUAGAUAUCGACAGAGGCUCUCUUUGUGUUUGGAUCUCUGGGUUUUCUUUUCUAAUCUCUGCUUCUCAGCGCACCUUCCACAUUGUGAAUCUUCCUCUCUUUUUCUCGACCUUUUCACCACAUCUCAUCUUCCUUCAUGACCCGCCUUUGUCUGCAUCUUGAUUUUAUUUUUGGUGCUUUUUCUGUGUUCUCAGACAAUAGUCAGUGCAUUUUCUUCUUCAAACUGUUUACAAUGUUCCAGAUUUGUUCACAUCUGCUGCAUGUUCUGCUCAAAAGACAUCGUCGGAAAGGCAGGAUCUGGUUUAUUUCAGUUACUGAUGCAGUCAUGAUGUCCUCUUUUGUUUCUUUGAAUGCAUCUGUUGGACAAUGACUUUAAUGAAAACAGUACAGCAGUUGCUAUGAGAUUUUGCAGUUCUCACUGUUUUAGAGGGACGCUUCAGUCCUAACGUCUAGACGUCACCAGAGCAUUUGUGAAGUUUUAAAAGCAAAACCUUAGUUUUGUUAUAUAUUAUUAUAUUUGUGGCAUUUUUUUUAUGUUUUUGCUCAGGCACAAAGGUGCAGUGCAGAAAAAUGAAAAACCAUUUCAACUUUUUGUUUUGUACUUCCCAUUCAAGCACCUGUGCAAACUCAUGAUACGGCUGAAGCGUCCCUUCAAAAUAAAAGCCAUUGCAGCUUCAUCAAGGCUGAAAGUAGUUUUUUUUUCUUUUAUGAGAUCAGAAACACAAAGCGAAAGCUGAAGCUGGAGCAAAAUGGUCUCAGUAUGUACAAACAUGGCCUCAAGAAGAUAAGCAGCAGACACUUGAGAUGCAGCCUCUGCUUGAGGAUCAAACAGCCACGAAGAGUUUUUGAUGUUUCUCGUCGUUUGGAGACCGCUUCCCGCUGUCACACCUGAGAUGGUUCAAGUACUCAUUUUGCUUCCUCUGCUGCUGACAGCUGACAGGAACUUUGGGCCUGCAGGUAUUUUUAAACUUUACUGUAACUAUGGCUGUCCUUUAUUUUUCUUUUGUACAUUGAAUGUUGAAAAUGUUAUAUCUUAUAUAGAAUGCAUUAUGUCAUAUCAAACCUACUUUUCUAUACAAUUAAUAAAUCUGAUGUCCAAGAUUGUA